CAUUACGUCAUUCCUAGAGGAAGACAAGCAAGGAUUUGCGCAUAGAAAUAGAAUCUGCUUCAGUUCAUUGGGUUUGAAGGAGGUGGAUUGUAAACGAAGAGGAGAGAGCGACAGACCUCGUGGCCACGCAUGUUUAGUUUCCGAGUUCCUGUCCCUCUUGAGUUCGUUAUGGAAGUGACAAUUUGAUGUUUCGUGCUCCUGCUGUUUGAGGUCCACCUGCCAGCAAAGCAAGGCCUGACCUCGUAUUUAAUUCUUAAGAAGAAAGGCUUCGAGUCUUAACUGUAUAUUCAUUUUACAUAUUGUGUAACUGGUGCUGUGAAAUGUUUCAAAAGGCUAACCUCGUAAACUAAAACUUGUUGCUAAACACGCUAGUAGGGUUAACCAUAGCACAAUAAGUUACCAGCCUAUCGUUGCAAUUACUCGGGCGGUGCACUUACAUGACUAAUGCCGUCAGUAUUUAGCUUGGGCCUACCUAAAAGAAAUAUGCUUUGAAUGCAUAUACAAUUAAUCUAGUGAUGUCAUUCGUGAGCAGAUUGUUCCCCGAAAAUACACAACCUUAAUUGGAGCACUGGACCUAUAUACAGUCAACUAAACCGUUAGUCUUGCAUUAAACGGGUCUAACACUAGAGGUACCCCUCUGGCAGUGUCUGCAUUGACUGUAUUUUCUGGCUCAAACGCGCAAACACGAGCUAUUAAACACUUCAUUCUAACACUUGAGAAUAUCUGGGCAACCGUCGGGAACUUUACUGUCAUUUAACUUACAUUUAGCUUUGCCUUUGCGCUGGUCUCGGACUGUAGCUCUUUGAGACCCAGGCGUGAACGACGGUUCGCUGAAAGAAACACUCAUGACAACAAACGAAGAAAAACCGUAUGUCACAGUCAACCUUUAGGCGACACGGCUUGCUGCAGUCCAUCCACAGCUUAGCCUACGUAAGAGCGCUACUUCACAGUGAACAGUUUCAGAGCGCCUUCCCACAGACCCAAGUCAAACGCUGAGGCGCGUAACAGUGUAAGUUCGCAGGUAGGAGCGCGCGUUUCGGUUUUCACUCCGUGCUUUGAAAUACUUCUUGUCUUCAGCGUGCUAUGCCUUCCGAAAUUUUGGUCGGAGAGGGGGAAGGACAGGAUGGAGAACAAGGCGACUGAUGUCUGUACGAGCUGAAGACGAGAGCGCGCUAUGGAGAUGACCGCUCGCCUUGCGCACUCGGACGCCAAGGUGGAUGGCAGAAACUGUGAUGGACUUGUCAACCACAACGGGGAAACGACGGAGAUAAGAGUGCCGCUGUCUCACGCGGGGAAGAGGCUCAGUCCGAUCGAGGGGGGGAAUCUUUACAGACUGCGUGACAGAAAGUUCCUUUUGGAGGACAAGAAGCGCCUCUGCGCGUGGGCACUGGGGACCGCGGUGUUAGGCAUUCUGCUGAUGGUAUUACAUGCUGAGCUGUGCCCAGUAGUGUAUCAACCAGGAUCCAUAUAUGCCCUCUCCAUUAAUGGUCUCAUCAGUUUCUCCACGGGGUGUUUGCUCAUUCUCAUCAUCGCUUUCCAUUAUAAAGACAUCAGACUUUUCAUCAUUGACCACAACCAGGUGGACUGGCGCAUUGCCAUGACCAGCAACCGGGUGCUCGGCAUCUCCCUGGAGCUCGUUGUCUGCGCUAUCCAUCCCGUGGCUAACUACCUGAGGCCCGACAUGGAGGACGGAGUCUGGGAGAAGCCAGAGCAAAACUCCUCUACCCCCCUCUGCUUGUCCUCCAGUCACAGAGCAGUCAUGCUGGAUGUGGAGCUGCUUCUUUCGGCCCUCAUGUUCCUCAGGCUCUAUCUGGUGCACAGGGCCGUCCUGCUACACAGCAAAGUGCUCCUCAGCGCCUCGUACAGGAGCAUCGGCUCCCUCAACAACAUCAACUUCACCUUCCGCUUUGUGCUCAAGGUGCUAAUGAACAAGUACCCGGCCCGCACGCUGCUGGUCUUCAUUAUGUUCUUCUGGCUCUCCGCUUCUUGGAUGCUGCGACUGUGUGAAAGGCAGCAGCAGGUAGAGACAGGCGGCAUGGAUACAGCAUUGUGGCUCAUAGCCAUCACUUUCCUCACGGUGGGAUAUGGAGAUGUGUCCCCUCACACCAGCUGUGGCAAGGUGGUGUGUCUAUUCACAGGUGUCAUGGGUGUGGCAUGUACUGCUAUGUUGGUAGCCGUCAUGACUAAGAAAUUGGCGCUUAACAAAGGAGAGAAACAUGUGCAUUUCUUCAUGAUGGACAUUCAGAUCUCCAAGCGGAUCCGGCACGCAGCAGCCAACGUGCUGAGAGAAUGCUGGCUGCUUCAUCGCACCACCCAGACAAAAGACAACAGCGGAGAGCAUCGUCAUCACCAGAGACACCUGCUGGAGGCCAUCCGUGUAUUUCGUAACCUGCGGUUGAAGCAGAGGAAGUUAAGAGAUUUUGCCAGUGAGAUGGUGGAUCUCUCGAAGAUGCAGAUGAUCAUGUGUGAUCUGAGUGCGAACUGGAACAGCUCUUACCAUGAGCUUGAGCAGCGAAUCAUCUCUAUGGAGCAGAAGCUGGACGAACUGGGACGCUCGUUUCAGAUCACCUCGGAGCUGCUCACACAGGCGCUACAUCGCCGCAGACUGGACCACAGGUGACCUGUGACAUCUCUACUGAAGGCUUGUGUAGUCUUCAUCCUCAAGCCUCUUGAACUGACGGAGGGACUUUAUGACAAACUUCAAAAGGACUGAGAGCAGCAACGACCUCUGCAGACUUCCUUUUAUUUUCGCGUGUAUUUAUGAACAUUUCCUCAUUGCUACAAACACGAGCUUGGGAAAAAAGGUCAUUUUGCUUAUUUUAAACUUUUGACUUCUAAUUUUCAGUCUCAGUUUAUGAUUGAUACCGAAACUAUGAGACGGAGAUUCUGGUGUUACACUAAGGAACAAUUUUAGAUAGAAGAACCAUGAAACUUUUUACAGUUCCUGUUUGUAGGUGAGACUGCGGAAGUUAGUCUUUCAUCUCAGAAGUGGGAAAUAUGAAUCAAAUAACCUAAUGGCUCUAAUCUGAUGCACUAUUUUCCAGUUAUGUGCGUAUAACCUGGUAAUGACAUGCUGAUAAAGGUCUGUGUAACUUGCUGGCAACUUUUUCAAAGAUAAGUCCGAUAAAUUGUCGAGGAUAAGCAGACUUCCUCACAGACUUGUACACUGCUAUUUUUAGAACAACCUUAAUUGAGGCAGAACCACCUGCACCCAAAGUACCCCAAUAAAAAAAUCUGGGAAUGACUUGAAUUUCCAUUAGCCCUUUAACCUGACAGGGCAUCUGUUGAAUGACGGCAUGUGGCGGCUCUAAUUACACCAUGAAAAGGUUUUGCGUAGUACGGUAUUCAGAAUACUGGUGUAACGGAAAAAUCUUUAUUGCUUGAGCCUGUAUUUAAGUUUAUUAAGACAGAGGCUGUCAGUCGUCUCUGGUAUCUCCUCCUGGUGGACAAAAUAUGUGUUGCAUGUUUGGCCAUCAUUCCUGUUAAGACUGUGCUUGUCCUGUAUCGUUUGCGCUGAAUAUUUUCGAAAUAGAUUAGAUGUGUAUGCUGUAUAAUGAUCAUAUGAGGGCAGUGGGUAUACGAAAAGAGGUCAGGUCUGUUGUAUGUAGUUCUUUUAUAAACAAAUUGAAAUUUUGCCUUGGUUUUACUGCUGUCUUUGCGUAUUUGAAACA